AUGUCUUCAUAUACAUCAAAGGAUUUUGAUAAUUUGCGUUAUUUUUUAGAACAUGAUAACCAUGAUAAUCGAAAAGAAAUGCUUGAAUUCAUUGCUAAAGAUCCUAUAUAUAUUCCACGCUAUAAUGUAUCAUUAGAAUUUGAGCGAGAAAUUGCAUUACAAAGAUUAAAAAAAAUUGCUGAUAAAGGUUUUAUUUCUGUUUUUGAUUUUGAGAAAAAUCCUUUAAAUAUCUUCGCUGUACAUGAAAUUGCUGGUAUGGUGGAUGGUUCUAUGGGAACAAAGAUGACUGUUCAAUGGAAUCUUUUCGGGGGAACAAUGAUUAAACUUGGGACUGAACGUCAUCGUAGUAUUCUUUCGGGAAUCGAUAAUCUCAAUGAUAUUGGUUGUUUUGCUCUAACUGAAUUGGGAUAUGGAAAUAAUGCUGUAGAGAUGGAAACGACAGCUAUUUACGACGAAAAGAAGCACGAAUUCAUUAUCAAUACUCCUACCACUCUAGCUCAAAAGUAUUGGAUAACGAAUUCUGCAGUUCAUGCUAAAUGGGCAAUUGUCUUUGCUCAAACCAUAAUUCGAGGAAGGAAUGAAGGUAUCCAUGCUAUUCUCGUCAGGAUUCGCGAAGAAAAUAUGAAGCCUUGUGAAGGAGUCGUUAUUGAAGAUAUGGGAGUAAAAUUUGAAUGUAACGGUGUCGAUAAUGGCAAAUUAUGGUUCAAAAAUGUAAGAGUUCCCGUAAUUAAUCUUUUGAAUCGAUAUUCUGAUAUUGAUGCAAACAAUAAUUUUACAAGUGUUAUUGAAAGUCGUCGUGGACGAUUUCUUAAAGUCGCAAAUCAGUUGUUAUCAGGAAGACUGGCCAUUGCAUCACUAAAUUUAGGAGGAACUAAAACAUGUUUAUCUAUUGCAUUCCGUUAUGCAAAUUCUAGGCUUACAGUUGGACCAACCGGAAAAAGUGAUACACCGAUUUUUGCAUAUCAACUUCAACAACGAGCGUUAUUGCCACUUUUAGCUUCAACUAUUGCCUUAAACAUUGGAUUAAAUUACUGUAAAGUUAGAUGGGCUAAAUGUACUGAGAAAGAUACCAACGAAAUUGUUAGGCUUUGUUGUGUGAUUAAACCUUUGAUCACCUGGAAUCUUGAACGGGUAGCUACUACAUGUAGAGAAAGAUGUGGAGGUCAAGGUUAUUUAAGUAUUAAUAGAUUUGGUAGUUUUAUUGGAUUUUCUCAUGCCGGAAUGACAGCUGAAGGAGACAAUAGUGUUUUAAUGCAAAAAGUUGCUAAAGAAUUGUUAUCGGAUGUUCAAUCUGGAGAAUAUAGAUUGCCUGAAGUUCCCGACAUUCAGAAUGCUUUAAAAUGGAAUGUAGCUAGUUUAGAGAAUCAAUUAAAAAUGUUUAGAUCCAGAGAACAAAUUUUAAUAAAAGAGUUAGAAACAAGUAUGAAAAACAAAACAGCUUCUAAUGUAUCAAUUUUUGAAAUUUGGAUGUUACAAGAAUCAGAUACAAUUCAGGCUUUAGCAAAAUCUCAUGGUGAAAGGAUUAUUUUAGAGCAACUAGUUAUUGCCAUUGAUAAACUAAAAGGUGGUACAAAACAAUUGCUUACUUCUAUUAGUCAACUUUAUGCACUUUCUUUAAUUGAUAUAAAUCUUGGAUGGUAUAUUACUCACCAUCUUAUUUCAAUUGAGUCUGCUACUAGAGUACCAAAUUUGAUUAGAGAAAUGGUUGCAAAUUUAUCACCUUUAAGUUUCAAAAUUGUUGAUUCAUUGGGAGUAAACCCAGAUAUUCUUUAUGCACCAAUUGCUCAUAAUUGGAAUAAAUUCAAUGAGAUUGAUAAUAAAGGUGAACUGGUGAGUGAUUCAUUUGUGGGAAUGAAGAGCAAAAUAUAA